AUGAGGAUCCUCUGCCUCCACGGAUACGGCACCAACCCGGCCAGCAUGAACCAGCAACUGGCGGGGUUGCGCCAACACGCGCCCCCGGACUGGGAGUUUGUCUUCCUGCGCGGACCGACCGAGUGCCAUCCCGCCAAGUUCCCCGGCCCGUUCAACUGCUACGCCCGGAGCAUGUCCCCCGACCAGACCCGGGCCACCUACACGCUGCUCGACCACACGAUCCGCACGCAGGGCCCGUUCGACGGGGUCCUGGGCUUCAGCCACGGGGCCGCCGUGGCCCUGUCGUACCUGCUGGAGGGCUUCGCGGCCGUCGGCGCCGCCCCCGCGGAGUACCCCUUCCGCUUCACCGUCUUCUUCUCGUGCAUCUUCGCCUGCUCCGCCGACCGCGCCUUUGUCGAGGAACUGUACCCCGGGCUGCGGCCGGAGGAGUGGAGCAAGGUCCGCUCGUGCGACUACGCGCAGCUGGACACGUUGCCGGACCGGCUGCGCACGGUCACGACGGCCAUCAGUCGCCUGCUGGACUGCGUGCAUCCGAUCACCCGCGAGCCGCGCGGCUUCUUCCUGGAUAAGCCCGUCCAGGAGACGCCGCUGCUGCUGUACCCUCCCGUCGUGGCGGCGAGGGUCCAGAUCCCGACGCUGCAUGUCUGGGGCCGGAACGAGCCGAAGGGGCUGCGGGACGCGUCAUCCUGGGCGAUCCAGCUGUGUGAGAGCGGGGUGACGAGGUCGCUGGUGCAUUCCUGUGGACAUGAUGUGCCGAGGUCGGCGCCGGAGUUGGAGAGGAUUGUGUCGAUGAUGCAGGAGAUGGGGGGGGAAAGGGUCAGAGCUGUGCUGUAG